UUGAAAUCGAAACUGAAACUGUUGGAUGACUGAAGGGGUGGAGAGAACGGAGAGAAAGAAGAGGCAGAAGGAAAACAGAGGACAAAGGAUAUCUCUGUAAGCUGGAUCGCAUCAAACGCAUUAAGAUGCAGUGCCUCCAAGAUCAGGAUGCUCUAAUCCCUCGGCCUCGUGGGACUUUGCCAAGGGUGUGUGCCGCGGUGCUGGCUGCCGUAUCAAUAGGAGUCAUCGUGUUACUGUCUCCUGAAAGGUUAUUUGGCUGGGUUGCCAUGGUAAUACUCACCCUGACCCUUGGCCCUCUACUGCACGGGCUUUGUCUGCUAGCAGAGGAGGUGCUGUAUCAUUCGAACACAAGGUACCGAGGGGUGCUGAGCCACAUGCUGCCAGCCUGCGGUUUGGGGGGAAAGACCCUGCUGACCGCAGGGCUGGCUGGCCUUCUGCUCUACUUGGCCGGACAUCCUCUGCCACACAAAGGCCAGUGUGGGAAACUCCUCGUCCUGGCCUCGGUUCUUUACGCGCUGUUCAAAAGCCUGGGAGUCCUGGGCCCGUCAGAGGUGGAGGUGUCAGACAUCUGCGAGCGGAGAAAGAUGAACGUGGCCCAUGGCUUGGCCUGGUCCUUUUACCUGGGCUAUCUGCGACUCGUGCUACCGCAUUUGGAGGAUUCCAUCACAAAAUUUCAUGCCACCCAUCAGGCAAACAGCCCCUUCAGGAGUCGUGGCUCCAGGAAGCUCCUUAUUCUCAUACCUCUCAACGCCAACAUUUCUCACAAGCUGGAGGACGAGGACGACAACAUCCAUUUCUAUGACAACUUACCCAACAAUGAAAUAAACAGGGCGGGAGUCCGGGGGCGGGUCUACAAGCACAGCGUCUACAGAGUACUGGACGGGGAUGGAAAGGCCCAUGAGUGUGUGGUGGAGUAUGCAACGCCUCUGCUGACGCUUUACAGCAUGUCCCAGGAGAGCAGCGCUGGUUUCGGGGAGCCUGAGCGCAGACAGCAGGUUCUGCUCUUCUACAGGACCCUGCAGGACAUACUGGAUCACUCGCUGGAGUGUCGCAACCGCUACACACUCAUCCUGCUCAAAGAUGAGCACGAGGACGACCCUCACGUCCUGUCCAAGGCCAUCCUCAGACACCUGCAGCAGCAGGAGAAAGAGGAGUUCUGCCUCACCCCACCCCCUCACCAGGAGACGGAGCACCCGUUGUCGAGUACUCCAAGUUCCCUCCCCAUAAACAAUUACUGGCACCACCCCGACCCAAUGAGCAGGGAGCCCACGCUCAUGUUUAGCCUGGAGAGACCUCUGCCUCUCAAGGAACCUGUUGAGAACACCGACGAUUAUCAAGGAAGACAAUAAACACUGUUUUGUCAUAGUAUAGUCUUGUUAUACAUAUACCAGCCUGACAGAUAAUAGCAAUUAAAACCUUUGCCACCUUUGCUUAGCAGAAGAGUUAUGUUUCAUUUGACCUUCUCUGUGUUUAAUGGUUUAGUGAGUAACUAUUGCCAGAGUCUCUGGCAACAGUAUUAUGUGUCAUUGUGACCAACAUUAAAGGUUAAGUAUGUAAUA